CAUAAAUCGAAAAUCCUAAAAUUCUUGGAGCCCUAAUAGCCGACCCGCCACCAUUUUCUCUCUGCUCCCAAAACUUUCUUCCGGCAAAAACCCUACUGAAGCGGGGAGUGUGUAGAAUGGAGGGUAGCAGCAGCAACGCAUCAGUUCAGCAGCUGACGGCGGAGGCAGCUGCACAGCUACAGGAAGGCAUCGGUUUGGUGCUAUCUAGAUGGACUGCUCUUCAGAUGGCUAUCGAGAACGAGUGGGGUGGCCGAGGCACUCGUGAAAAAUCGAAUCAACUCAAUCUUGACAUUUUUUCAGCUUUCACACAAUCCAAAGAAAAAAUAUACAUGGAUGAUAUAGAAGAAAUUCUAGAUGAGUUCAUGAUAUCUCUAAAUACUGAAGUCAAUGAUGGCAGCCUUGAGGAGGUAGCAGAAAAAUUGAUGUAUAUGCAUGAAGAGUGUCUGGAAGGGAAUUUCAAUUCAAUCAAAGUGCUAAGAGAAACAAAUGUUGGGAGGAGUCCUGCUACUUAUGUCAGACAAGAUGCUAGUGAUGACGAUGACAGUAGUAAUGAUGGGGGUAACAGAAAUGAGAACUUGGGCAACAAUUCAUCUGAUAUGACAAUUGAUUCUAUGGAAACCCAGUCAAGUUUGGGCCAGGAUAUGAUGAUUGAACCCGUGAUAAAACAUCCCGCUGAAGUGGACCCGGAUGGGUGGACGACAGUAGCUACGAGGCGUAACAAAGGUAGAAGGAGUUAAAAGCACUAGAGACCCAUGCGGCUAAAAAGAAAGGAAUUAAACAAUUUUUUUGUUCCCUAACCUUAAACAUGAAGGAAUUUUGGAAUAUUAAUGAAAUAGUAUCAUAGUUGUCGUAAUUAUGGUGAUUGUAGUUUGGCUUUGCUUCCUUGUUCAUCCAUGAAUUCUCCACCAAUUUUCUUCAGAGAUACGAUUAUGUACUAGUGUAACAAUGAUUUUUUGUA